UGUUUCUCAUAAAUGGCGAUCCCUCAACGAGUUUCGACUUUAACUACCUUAAUCUAAAAGAUGAUAUUUACGAGCAACCCGUGAAUUUAAUGGCGCCAAAGAAAAAUCCACACGCAAAGGGCGACACGCAAGAAACAUUACCAUCAACGGAAGAUCCAUGGUCUCCGUAUGACUUCUCGAAGUUCGACGCCUUCCUCACCGGAGCACGCGAGGAAGAAGGGAGCAACAGAGUGAAACGAAAAGCCAAGAACGCCCGCCGAUUCAAUACCCUCAGCGGACCGAAACUCCGUGAACGUCCAAACCACUACCUCUACCCAGAGCCAGUUAAAGACCGUGUCUUAGAGUACACCACCACAACAAGGAAACCAGGUAUCCUGCCAGAGACAAUGAACCCCGGAGUGAUCUUCCGAGUGAGAAUGUCCGACGCGAUAUUGCGUAUAAAACAGAGGAUGUAUGAGGACCCGGAGCGGCACAUAGAAGCUGAUAUCAUCUACACAAACCUGAUAAAGAAGGUGCGUCGUCGAGGUCACGGUAGAAAACGCACCAAAGUGCGAUCCUCCACAACUGCUUCAGAUCAAGAGCUUAACCACACGUCCACCGUAAGCGUGCCGAUAGCGAGGCGGGCAGACCUCUCAGAGACGCAGCAGGGCAAAGGUCGGAAGCGUAAGAAGCAAGGCAGGUCACGCGAAAGGUCCGACUAUGACUUAUACGAGCCACCGAUCAAGGGCUUCGAAUCAUCGUUCGUGGAGAUGCCAAAGGAUUUGUACCAAGCACACCUGCGGCCAGGAGUGAUUUUCCGCAUACACAUGUCCGAAGCUAUCCUCAAGAUGCAAUACAGGAACUACGGUGAGGAUAAAGACGAGUCAGUGAUAGAAGCAGACGUGGAGUACCUGCGACUCACCCGCAAGGUGAUCAACGACGAGAUCACCAAGUUUGAAGACCUCAAGUGGCUGGUGAGCUGGUUCAACAACCGCUCCGAGCUUGUCCAGGAGCAUAUGUGCAACACCAGAUACUACGCCGUCGGUAUACCACCUACGAUGUUCACGCAUUCCGAGGAGUACAUGAAACGGAUGUGUCUCUUCGACAACGUAUACCUGGAUCACAUCCCAUACGUUGUGGGUGAAGACGGGUCGCUGAUGGCUGCUGUGGCACCACCCGUACUGCACUGCGACGCGGCCACUUGCACCUCUGUGCCCUUCAUUGACAGUGUAAUGUUCGACGAGCGCCUGUCUCGCACCAACGUCCGCACCGUGACUAGAUGCCAAGCGAGCUGCCGAGCACACUGUCGUAACGACCCGGACUGUCUCAAGCGGUGCUCGGACAGGUGUCUACGUGCCGACUAGCAGAGAGCGAAGAAAAUAAAGGAGCAGAGAGAAAAGAUAAAUCACAAAUAGAACCACGUGUUGUA